CCAUUUGCCUUGCAUCGGCCUUUUUUACUUCGGAGUUAGACUGGCGGCAAAAGCUGAAAACAAAAGCUAAGAGCUUUAUUGACACAGUAAAACAAUGGAGGAUUGGAGCUCAUCGGCUUGCAAUUUAGGGAUUCUCGACACUCUCAGCAACGACGCCGUUCAAGAAAUAGUCGAAAGCUACAAUGGAUUCUGCGCCGCCACAGAAACCCUUCUCUGCGGCGCUGGUGAUCUCUCCGUCGGUUCGGAGUUUGUCGCCGACGUGCAAAGCCUCUGCAAGCACGGACUGGAGUCUCUGGUCCGUGACCACUUCCUCAGGGCGCUCGAGGAAACAUUUGAGAAAAAUGGCGCAUUCAAAUUUUGGCGGCAUUUCGAAGCUUACGGCAAAUUUUCCGAAAUUGGUGAUGAAGAAGUCCAGGAAGUAUUAUGUAAAGCUUUGGAAGAGAUAUCAAUGGAGAAGCAAUACCAGGAGAAGUGCUUGUUGAUGUUGGUUCAUGCUUUGCAGUCUUACAAGGAAAAUAUAUCAGAGGGAAGGCACAAUUCAGACGCAGAAAGGGUCUACCUCUUUCCAAAAUAUCAAUUACUAGUCUCUUCAGUUCUUAUGGCUACUCUUCCUCCUCAUUUUCCUGAGAUACUCAACUGGUAUUUUAAGGGAAGGCUGGAGGAACUAAGUACCAUCAUGUCUGGAGAGUUGAAUGAUGAUGGUGAAAUUCAAGAUAAAGCUGAGAUCAGUUUAAAUGAAAAGAGCAAAGUUUCCUACAGGGUAGGUCAAAUGGAAAUUGAUGAAUGCUAUCACCAAGGCAUGUUGUCAGAGAAUAACAAGUUGGUGAAGAACAUCGGGAAGGUUGUUCGUGAUCUUAGAAGUCUUGGAUUUACAUCCAUGACUGAAGAUGCCUAUGCUUCUGCUAUAUUUUUGCUUCUAAAGGCUAAAGUACAUGAACUUGCAGGUGAUGAUUACCGGAAUUCUGUUUUGGAGUCAAUCAAACAGUGGAUACAGGCUGUGCCUCUACAAUUCUUGCAUGCCCUCCUUGUUUAUCUGGGUGACUCCAUCAGUUAUGAUAGUGUUUCAUCUGGUCUAAAAUCACCUUUGGCUUCACGCCCUUCUUCAUUCUAUCCUGGGAUCAAUACACCAUCUGAAGGACUUGUUAGAUGGAAGUUGCGUCUAGAGUAUUUUGCUUAUGAAACACUGCAAGACUUGAGAAUCGCUAAGUUAUUUGAAAUUAUUGUUGACUAUCCUGACAGUUCACCUGCCAUUGAAGAUUUAAAACAGUGUCUUGAAUACACUGGACAACAUUCCAAGCUGGUUGAAUCAUUUAUCUCUGCACUACGAUAUCGUUUACUUACUGCAGGUGCUUCAACAAAUGACAUAUUGCAUCAAUAUGUUUCUACUAUUAAGGCACUCCGGACAAUAGAUCCAGCAGGCGUGUUCCUCGAAGCAGUAGGUGAACCAAUAAGGGACUACUUAAGAGGAAGGAAAGACACCAUAAAAUGCAUUGUGACUAUGCUUACUGAUGGAACUGGUGGGAAUUCAAAUUUAUCUGGAAAUACUGGGGAUAGCCUUCUUGAAGAACUAAAUAGAGAUGAAGAAAAUCAAGAGAACAUUGGCCUUGAUGAUGAUUUCAAUACUGAUGACAAGCAAGCUUGGAUAAAUGCCCAACACUGGGAACCUGAUCCUGUAGAAGCUGAUCCUUUGAAGGGUAGCAGGAACCGAAGGAAGGUUGACAUACUUGGGAUGAUUGUUGGCAUAAUUGGUUCAAAAGAUCAAUUGGUUAAUGAAUAUCGUGUUAUGCUUGCCGAAAAGCUUCUGAACAAAUCCGAUUAUGACAUUGACACAGAGAUACGUACUCUUGAACUUCUCAAGAUACAUUUUGGAGAAAGCAGCAUGCAGAAAUGUGAAAUUAUGCUGAAUGAUUUGAUUGAUUCUAAGAGGACAAACACCAAUGUUAAAGCAACCAUAAAUCAGCCAUCUCAAAGAGGUGCUGAGCUAGGGGAUACUGCACUACCCAUGGAUAUUCUUAAUGCUACAAUCAUAUCUUCCAAUUUCUGGCCUCCAAUCCAGGAGGAGUCCCUGGUAGUACCUCAGCCAGUCGAGCAACUUCUCUCUGAUUAUGCAAAGAGGUUUAAUGAAAUCAAGAUCCCUCGUAAGUUACUAUGGAAGAAAAAUCUUGGUGCUGUUAAGUUGGAAUUGCAAUUUGAAGAUAGACAAGUACAGUUCACAGUGGCUCCUAUACAUGCAGCAAUUAUUAUGCAAUUUCAAGGUCAAGCAAGUUGGACAUCUAAGAAUCUUGCAGCUGCUAUUGGGGUUCCCAUAGAUGUGCUUAACCGAAGAAUAAAUUUUUGGACAAGCAAGGGAAUUCUUGCAGAGUCACUUGGAGAAGACUCAAAUGAACAUUUGUUUACGCUAGUGGAAGGCAUUGUUGACACCAGUAAGAAUGGUGGUGGUAAUAGUGGGAGCCGUGAGGACAUUUUAAUUGGAGAUGAGGAGGGAGAGCAAUCCACGGCUUCCGUUGAGGAUCAACUGCGCAAGGAAAUGACUGUUUAUGAGAAAUUUAUCGUGGGGAUGCUCACAAAUUUUGGAAGCAUGGCAUUGGAUAGAAUUCAUAAUACCCUUAAGAUGUUUUGUAUCGCAGAUCCUCCUUAUGACAAAACUAUUCAGCAGCUGCAAAGUUUCUUAUCUGGUCUUGUUUCCGAAGAAAAGUUAGAACUAAGAGAUGGAAUGUACUUUCUAAAGAAGUAAACCUGUCUAGAUGUAACUUAAUUCUUCUAGCCAGAAGAUAAAAAAGCAUUUUUGAAAUCUUCAGAAAUUCGUGGUGAGAAAGUGAUUGUGGUGCAGGAGUUUUCCAAUUUUUGCAAGUUAUAUGGAAUGUCCUACUAUGGUUUUAAUGGGGGUUUUCAUUGGAAAUCAUUGACUGCAAAUUAUAGGCACUGGCACCGUGUAAGCUCACUUGUACAUGAACCAUGUAUCUUUUGUUGAAUGAAGUAACAUAUAGCGUUUCACUA